AUGGACAUACAUCUAGCUAGGAAACUGAUUGUGGCCGUGGAGAAAAUCAAUAUUAUACGGAAAAAGCUGGGAAACAGCGAAACAAAUCUCGGCAAGCUUGAUGAAGAUUUCAUUCCUCGGAGUUAUCGGCGACCGCCCGUGGAACCCACUCUCGCAGGCGCGCGCGUUGCUCUCGGCCUCGAGCGACAGUUUGUCGAAAUCGUAGAACGUGUCGUCGUUCAGAUCGCCCAGAACCUCCGACACGGCGCGGAUCGCUUCGUCGUAGUGGCGGAGGCAGCUUCUCAGGCCACGCGCCACGCCGGAAUCUCCUCCUCCUCCUCCGCCGCGGCCGCCCGACUUCACCCGCGCGGCGAUGUGGUCCCUGGUGUCCGUCGCGUUCAGGAAGGCGUUGGUGAAGAUUAUGACGGCGAGGAACGCCCGGUCGGCGGUGGGGGCGUGAGGGUCGGAGUAGAUCGACCGCCGGCAGAAAUCGAAAUCGGUGGUGUUCCGGCAGACCUGGGUGGCCAACGGAUUUUCGUGCGCGGCGGCGGAGGCAAUUGGCGGGAAAGAGUUCCAUACGACAUGAACUUGAUCAGUUCAUCGAAAAGGAAUGUACAGAUGAUAAAUGACAACAUAGAACACAUGCAUAAUUUGAUGGAAUCCGUGAGAAUCUAUAAGGUUGAUGGUGGAAUUUGA